AUGCGUGAAACUUGCAUGCUCUCCCUGACGCCCAAUGAGGUGGAUCAGGUUGGAGAAUACUGCGUGGCGAAUACAACGCCGCUUCCACAUUGUUUGCUCGAGCAUUCAGUGACUACGGCAAACAAAACAGAGCGCAAUGGCGAGAUGGCUGGCUCACUAGCUCAAUGCGCAUAUCUCAUGAGCACUGCGCGCGGACUUCGACCGAAAAGAGUUCUGGAGCUCGGCACAUUCACGGGUGUUAUGUCGCUGGCAUUAUACGAAGCGACUCGGGACAUCGGUUCUGAGAUUGUGACAUUAGAUAUCGAUAAAGAAUUCAUUGCGAUCGCUAAAGACGCAUUCCAAAAGUACCAGGCUGUUGAUCGUAUUGAGAUUAUUGAGGGGGAUUGUACCGAGAGUCUGUCUCAGUUACAAGGCGAUUUUGACUUGAUUUACAUUGAUGCGGAUCAAUUUCAGUACGAAGCUUAUGUCCGCGCAAUUUUGGAUCGCGAACUAUUGAGUCCGCAAGGGAUUAUCCUUGUUGACGAUGGUAAUCAGAUCCCUCCUGUUCAUCGAUCUUGCCCAGUUAAUGAAAUUACAGUUCUUUUGCGCGGAAUCACGGUAAACCCAAGCAUGUCUCCGACUGUAUCGGAUGAGGACAGAGAAUGGUGCAGAGAAGUCGCAGUCAACAUGAACAAAUUCAACCAGUUCGCUGCAACAGAUCCGAGGAUCUUAGGGACUCUGCUACCAUUCUUCAAUGGUAUCAUGCACAUCACAUGGCGGUGA